AUGACAACCGCAGAGCCAGUGCCAGGGAACUAUCUCGCCAUUGAUGCUGGGAUGAGCGGACUUCCUGCCUUGUACAUUCUAUCGGAAAUCUUUGGGCGAUUGGGCUACGAUCUCGAAGUAGAAGAAGAGCUGCGCCCUUGUGAAUACUUCGACAUGAUUAUCGGGAGUGGAACAGGCGGGAAAGUGCCCCCUUAUGCUUUAAACGCUGGCUCACAGCAACUCCAGGAUUCAAAAGCAAUGACUUGGGAGGAAGCAAUGGGCAAGCAGCUGGUCCUGAACGAUCAAAAGCUGCGCAAUGCAUUGAAGGAAAUCAUCAUAUCCGCAGAUCAAAACCCGGAUUCACUAUUUAUGGAACGAAACGGAAACACCAAGCGGUGCAAGACAGCAAUAUGUGCACUCAAUGAGGCGAACGUCUCCAGAUGUCAGCUCGUUCGCUCUUACCGCACCCGAGGAAUGUCGCCACCCAAGUGCACAAUUCUUGAUGCUGCCAAUAUCAGUAUCGCAUCAGCUCGGAGCUACUCUCCUGUGACGCUUGGAACAGAACACAACAAGGUUGCCCUCACCGAAGCGUUGGUUGGAUGUGCGAACCCUAUCAAGGAGCUACUCAGAGAAGCCAAGGUGCAAUUUGGUGAAAGCGCGCGAGUCGCAACAGUUCUCAGCCUGGGAUCCGGAAAGGCCGAUAUUCUGAAGACUUCUCAAGCCAAUCCAAGCCUCUUUCAGGCCAUUCGGCAGAUGACGCUCGACACCGAACGCACACAUGAAGACAUCGCACAGCAAUUGCAAGAGGCAUACAUCUAUUUUCGCUUGAACGUGGAGCACGGCCUCGGAUUUGUGAUCGAAUCAGGGGCCAUUGAAGCCCACGUCCAGGCCUAUCUAGGAGAGAACAGCACCUCACAGGCGAUCGAUGGGCUCAUCAACUCCAUCCAGCAGCGUAAACCUGGUCCAAGCCUAAAGGAACUCACCUCUGUCACCACCAUGCCAUCAUUACUCAAGCCACGACCAUCUCUCGUUCCAUAUUUCAUCGGAAGAGAUGUUUUCCUUGAUGCCCUUAUUUCAACACACUUUUCGAAUCCUUUGGCCCAUCACUCGGCUUUUAUUAGUGUCUUAGUAGGACUAGGAGGGAGCGGCAAAACCCAGUUGGCACUCCGAUUUGCCCUUGAAUACGAAUCCCGCUUUCCCACUGGCGUGGUAUAUUUUGUCGAUGCACGCUCAAAGGGGAGACUCGAAGCAGAUCUCGAAGCCAUCAUUCGAUCCAGAGGUGUAGCUUAUCGGGCACAGACAUAUCAGGACACACUCGCUUGGUUGGCGGAGAGGGACAAUUGGUUCAUGAUUUUGGAUAACGCCGAUGAUCCCAACCUCAAGCUCUUCCCCUACAUUCCUAAAUCUAACGGUGGUCAUGUAAUUAUCACGACAAGAAACUCUACAAACAGCGUCCUUGCGCCGAACAGCAGUCAUUUGGUUGGGGAUCUAUCCGAGGAAGAGGCGAUAUCCCUGAUCCUGACUGCGGCGGCUCACGAGCAAAACCCAUCAAACCGAAAGCUUGCUCAACAGAUCGCUUCUGAACUAGGAUGUCUUCCACUGGCAUGUUCACAUGCAGCAGGAUACAUCUUAGUUCACCGCUGCCUCGGAUCCUACCUCGAUCUAUAUCGCCAAAGACGACAUUAUCUUCUCUCCAAUACUAGCCUCGAUCUUCCUCAGGAUUAUAAAGAAUCCGUAGCAGCGACGAUCGAGAUGUCACUCGAACGUCUUCCGCGAAACGUUCGAGAAUUGCUGCGCCUGCUAUCACUAUUUCAACCAUCAUCUAUAUCUUACAGUAUGAUAGAAACAGCAGCAAGAAGGCGCUUUGCGUAUGACGCCUUCACAUUCCAAGGGAUUGACUCUUCGCAAUUUGAACAUGCCAAUGCUUUGAUGGCUCUCCUGUGUCCAUCAGGAGAGUGGUCGGAAUUUGACUUCAAUGCCCUCAUUCAAGCCUGUCUUCAAUACUCCCUCCUCCAAUUGACGAUCACCGAGGAUAACGCCAAGUUCUACUCGAUGCAUAUAUUGGUACAGUCCUGGUUGCAACUUGGUAUACCGCCCGACGACCCAUUACGUUCUCUCAACGUUCGACUUCUCGCCUCCUGCGUGACUUCCGACGAGUAUUACAGACAUAUCAGUCUUCACCGUAGCCUCAUACCUCAUAUUAUAUCUGCAUCAAUCGACAAAAUCGUCAGUGUCUGCGAUCUGGUAGCAUUUGCGUGGGUUAUGGAGGAGAGCAGACACGGCGAUCGUGCAGCACUUUAUCUGAACAAAGCACUUGGAAUCUGCAUUUCAACUUUUGGUGAAGCUCAUCUCGACACCAUCGCGGUCAUGGGGCGCCUUGCUGGCUCUUUUGAGUCAUGGGGGCACUUUGAGGAUGGAUUUGCUCUGCGGAAGAGAGUACUUGAAGCACGCAAGGCCCUUCUUGGAGAAGAACAUGCUCAUACUGUACUUGCUAUGGGCAAUCUCGCGAGAUCGUGUGCUUCUCUCGGGAAGCAUCAAGAGGCAAUCAAUCUAGAUAGCCAGGUUCUCGAAAUACGCUUGCGUACACUCGGUACAGACCAUCGAGACACACUACUUUCCAUGGCCAACCUUGCGGUCUCGCUCAAGGCGAUCGAGCAGUAUGACACCGCAGAAGCAUUGGAAUCCGAAGCAUUGCGGCUUCGCCGAAAAUACUUUCCAAAUGACAAAGCCGCGAUUCUUGUCGUGAUGGAUAACCUUGGUCAUACACUCAACGAGCUUGGCCAUCAUGACGAGGCACUGGCCUUGCAGAGAGAGGCUGUGGAACUCUGGAAGGCUGUCGCGGGACCACAGCACGUGGAAACACUCGUGUCAAUGACAAAUCUUGCUCAUACGCUCGAUACUCUAGGACAAGAUGAAGAAGCGAUGUCGCUCAGGAAAACAGCGUUCGAGGCAUUACGACUGACUCAGGGGAGUAAUCACCCAGUCACAUUGUUGGCAGAAACAAACUACGCGCUCUCGCUAUGUGCGCUCGGGCAGGUUGAAAAGGCGGUGGAGGUUCAGCAGGACAUCGUGCAGUUCACGGACUUCAUUGUCCAUUGCAGUUAUCCGACGCUUCACCAGGCUCUUUCAAACCUCGAAGAAUCGUUUACGAAAAUGGGACGGCGGCGAGAAGCUGCACAGCUGCGUGCCUGUUCGCCCGGAGAAGUCUAG